AUGGGAGUCGGAGAUCCUCUUCCUCUUCCGCCGGACAAGAACCGACGGGAGAAUAAACCGCCGGAUAUUGCGUCCACGUCCACUUCUUCCUCCGUCUCCGUCGUGAAUGCUCGUUUGUCUGAUUCUCCGAUUCUCUUGUUCGUUUACUUCCACAAGGCUUUCCGUGCGCAGCUGGCGGAGCUCCAGUGUCUAGCCGGUGAUACUGUCCGGGAAGGUUCUGAUCUAGCGGUGGAGCUCCGCCGUAAGUUUGAUUUCCUGAAGCUUGUUUAUAAGUACCAUUCCGCAGCUGAAGAUGAGGUUAUAUUUUCAGCGCUAGACACUCGUGUGAAAAACAUUGCUUUUAAUUAUUCGCUUGAACAUGAGACCUCAGAUGAUCUCUUCACUUCAAUAUUUCAUUGGCUAAAUGUUCUUGAAGAGGAAAGAGUGAACAAUGCAGAUGUUCUUCGUGAAGUUGUUUCAUGUAUAGGCACCAUUCAGUCAUCCAUAUGUCAGCAUAUGCUUAAAGAAGAGCGUCAGGUGUUUCCUUUGUUAAUUGAGAACUUCUCAUGUCAAGAACAAGCAUCGUUGGUAUGGCAAUUCAUUUGCAGUGUUCCAGUGAUGGUGCUUGAAGAUGUUUUCCCAUGGAUGACAUCUUUACUCUCUCCCAAUGAGAAAGCUGAAGUUGAGGAUUGUGUGAAACAAGUUGUCCCACAGGAACUCUCCCUGCAACUGGUCAUAAACUCUUGGCUGAUUGAUGAGGAUAGUCGAUCUUCUUUUGCGGUGAUCUUGAAAGGAGUCCAGUCUGUAGAAGUGUCUGAAAGUAUGAAGAUGUUACAGGCAGAUUCAGAUUCACCAAAUGGGUUGUUUCAACGUUUUUGGCAGUGGAGUAAAAUGUCCUUUUCUCUUAGUCCAGAUUCAGGACACACUCUGAUUCACGGUAUUCAGCUUUGGCAUAAUGCGAUUAAAAGAGACUUGUUAGACAUUCAAAAAGGAUUAUGCCUGUUGAAAUCUCCAAGCCUUUCACUGGACCUCAAUGUGCUCUUGGUUCGGCUAAACUUCCUUGCUGAUGUCCUAAUCUUUUAUAGCAAUGCAUUUAAGAAGUUAUUUUACCCAGUGUUUGAAGAAAUGGUGGAUCAUCAACACUCUUCCACUUCCAAGCAAUUCACCAUAGAUGUCCAUGUGGAAAACUUCAAGAGGUCUCUAGACCUUGAAACUAGAACUGGGAGUGACAAUUUUGUCAAAACGCUUCAGGAGAAACUUGAAUCCCUUAUAUUGACAGUUGCAAAGCAAUUCUCUCUAGAGGAAACAGAGGUCUUCCCUAUCAUCAGCAAGAAUUGCAACGUUGAAAUGCAGAGGCAGCUCCUAUACAGAAGCCUUCAUGUCCUGCCUCUUGGGUUACUCAAAUGUGUCAUCAUGUGGUUUUCUGCUCAGUUGGCAGAAGAUGAAUCUCAAUCAGUUAUUCACUUCUUAAGUACUUGGGAAGAUUCCUUUCCCAACAAACCUUUUGCGCACCUCUUGUUGCAGUGGUUUCGCUUCGGUUAUUCAGGAAAAACAUCAGUUGAUAGCUUCUGGGAUGAGCUGUCCUUUAUGUUCAAACCAAGAUGUCCCUCUGAAGAGGAACACAUUGAAGAAGCUUCUGGAUCUUUCACUCAGCAAUCACAGCUUCUGCAAUUAUCCAAAAACAAGCCUUCACAUGCUGCUGGUUACAUGAAUGAGACACCUUACUCGAGUGCAAUGAAUCAGCAAAUACUAACCUCAGGAAAGCUCAAUCCUCUUCAAAAGCUUCCUGAUUUCUUUAGUGACAAGAAUAGUAUUGGCGACCACUUAAUGAUGGACUUGAAACCUAUCGAUCUUAUUUUCUUGUUCCACAAGGCAAUGAAGAAGGAUCUAGACUACCUUGUAAGUGGCUCAACAAGAUUGGCAGGAGACUAUAGCUUCCUUGGGGAGUUUCAUCAGCGGUUUCAUCUCAUAAAGUUCUUGUAUCAGAUACACUCAGAUGCAGAAGAUGAGAUUGCAUUUCCAGCUCUAGAGGCAAAGGGUAAACUACAAAACAUAAGUCAGUCAUACAGCAUUGACCACGAGCUUGAAGUCGAACACCUCGAGAAAGUAUCAUUCCUUUUGAAUGAGAUGGCAGGACUCAACUCAAAAGUAAUGGACCACAUGAAUGUGAAGUAUGAGAAUUUGUGUAUGAGCCUCCAAGACGUAUGCAAAUCCAUUCAUAAGCUACUGUCUGAGCAUCUCCACCGUGAGGAAACCGAGCUAUGGGGUUUGUUCAGAAACUGCUUCACUAUUGAAGAACAGGAGAAGAUCAUAGCAUGCAUGCUUGGAAGAAUAAGCGGAGAGAUACUGCAGGAUAUGAUUCCUUGGUUGAUGGAGUCUCUGAUCCCUGAUGAACAACAUGCUGUGAUGUCCUUGUGGCGUCAAGCAACAAGGAAAACUAUGUUUGCUGAAUGGUUAAAAGAAUGGUACAAUAGCCAUGUUAUAACAGAGGAAACAGAGGAAGCAAAUAAGGACCAAACUCAUGAGGAUACAGAUCCUCUAGAUAUUGUCUGGAAAUAUCUCUUUGAAGGAGCUGGUGGUGAUGAAGACAGAAGGAGCAUUUGCAGCAAACCCAUGGAAGGUUUAGAGACAGAGUUCAUGAGUAAGCCACUUGGAGAGACUGAUCCCAAUAAGAAGGUUGAAGUUGGCAACAAAGAUGAGAUCUCAGAAAGUAAAAAAGUAUGUAGAGGAGGAGCUGAGGAAAUAAAGUACAACGAAGGAACUGACAAUUCUGCUCAAGCUUUCCAAAUGCCUCAGAAAUCAAGACAAUCUGGUCAAGCUAGUAAAUAUGAGUGCCUCUUAUCAAUGAGUCAGGAGGAUGUGGAGGCUAUAAUCAGAAGAAUAUCUCGUGAUUCUGCCUUGGACCCUCAGAAGAAAUCACAGAUCAUACAAAACUUGUUAACGAGCCGUUGGAUUGCCACACAACAGAUACAUAAUCUUGAACCAUCCAUUCUCUCAAGCAACAGGGAAGCAGUUCCUGGCCAACAUCCAUCUUAUCGAGAUCCUCACAGACUGAUCUUUGGUUGCAAACAUUACAAAAGAAACUGCAAGCUUCUUGCUCCUUGUUGUAACCAGCUCUUCACAUGUAUACGGUGUCAUGAUGAAGAGACCGAUCACUCAGUGGAUAGGAAAGAAAUCACAACGAUGAUGUGCAUGAAGUGCCUGAUAAUUCAGCCAAUAGGUGCCAGCUGCUCAAAUGCUUCAUGCAGUUCGUCAAUGGGAAAAUAUUACUGCAAGAUCUGCAAACUAUUUGAUGAUGAAAGGGAAAUCUAUCACUGCCCGUACUGCAAUCUUUGCCGGGUAGGAAAAGGAUUGGGCAUUGACUACUUCCAUUGCAUGAAGUGCAAUGCUUGUAUGUCACGCAUCUUAGCAGAGCAUGUAUGCAGAGAGAAGUGCUUAGAAGAUAAUUGUCCGAUUUGCCAUGAGUAUAUUUUUACCUCGAAUUCUCCGGUGAAGGCUCUUCCAUGUGGUCACGUGAUGCAUUCAACAUGCUUUCAGGAGUACACAUGUUCACAUUACACAUGUCCUAUCUGCAGUAAAUCACUUGGGGAUAUGCAGGUUUACUUUAGAAUGUUAGACGCAUUGCUAACAGAACAAAAGAUGCCAGAUGAAUACGCAAACCAGACUCAGGUAAUACUCUGUAAUGACUGUGGGAGAAAAGGAAAUGCUCCUUACCAUUGGCUCUAUCACAAAUGCUCUUCUUGUGCCUCCUACAACACCAGACUUCUCUAG